AUGGAAACCCAAUGCAAAGGUGCAAACUGGUUGUCGUUCAUUGCCCCGCCGUCUAGUGCGCACUUCACCUUCUUUUCGGAAGUCUUGGAAUCGGACGGUAUCUCAGCUGCAAUUAGCCCAGUCAUGGAAUCAAACCCUUCUAGUGAAGUAGCUGUCUUGCCGAAGCAGUCCAAACCAAAGAAAAGGGAAGUAAAUCUCAAGGAGAAGCAAAGAGCGGGAAUAGAAUUGCAGAGUUUUUCUUCAUCAAAGAAAAUGAGCCAGGUGAUUCAAAUCUUCUUACCUAGUUCUUCUGAGUUCCUAAAUAAAAUCAUAAAUGGCACCAAGGGUAUUACUAUUAAUAUACUGAGAAGGGCAGAUAAAGGCUCAGGUCUAUUGGGAGCAUUCGUUUUAGAAAAUUCAUGUGUUGAUGAUCAUCAGGGGCAUGCGAGUGAAUACGGCAUGCAUUGA